UUAGCCUAAGUUGAAUCAUUCCUAUGCGCUCGAUUCGAUCCGGUGAGUUACCAGCGAUCCAUGGCCGACGUUCUUGUGGCCGGUUUUACAAAUGUUUGUCUAGAUCAAAACCCAGGUUUGAGUGUUCCCUGUUUCGAAUCAAGCCAAUAACGCAGCUUCGGAUCUGGUCAGGGUCCGCUUUACUUGUAAAAUUUACCCCGGAGUUGUCUCUCUUGUUCUCGAUCUAGUCUUUAGACCGCCGCCUUCGCCGGCACGAUAACAAUGCUUACGUGGCAAUCUUUAACGUUGUGCUAAACACUACUAGAGUCACUUGUCCUACCUCAUCAUGAGAUAGAUCAAAUUAGUAAGUUAGGGUUUUGACUCUUCCUUUUUAAAUCUUGCCAAACUCCCACUUUCAACUUUCGUCUAAUUCGAAACAUUUAAAUAAUUUGAUAGGAGUUGAAUUCCCAUGUAAAGAAUCCUCUUUCUAAUUUUUUCCUCCACAUUUUUUUUUAAAAUUCAGAUGAUACUUUUUAAUUUUUAAUUUUCUCCAUAUCUAUAUUGGCGAGGAUAAAUCUUCUGAAACCGACUUUAAGAUAAAUAAAUAAUAAGGAAUUUAUAAUUAUUUUAAAUAGCGGGAUAAUUAUUAGUUGUCUUACAAAACUCAUGGAAUCUUGGUAGAAUCCUAGUGUUUUACGAUUACUAAAUUAGGAAACUUCUUCGUUGGAUUCUCUCUUUCAUCAAGAAUCGCCGCUAAUAAGUUUCCAGUUUCCGAGUUCUACUCUGCCUAGACUCAGUUCUACUCGGGCUUAUCUGCAAGCUGCAACCGUAAAGGCGCAUUGCGAUCGAUUCAGAAGCGUCGCAGAAGAAAAGAUCGUUCCGAAGAGAUUGUCUUGCGUCGAGAAGAGGACUGUCUUCGAUGGAGGGUUGGAUGGAACAGGGCGAUUGGCUGCUGCGCCCUGAAGACUUCGCGGGGCACCCGGUCGGCGAUACGUUCGAGUCGAUGCUGACGGCGCUCGGCCGGGUGGCUCGAAGCAAGCUCGAAAGAGAACUGUCGUCCCGCAGCGGAGGAGAGAGCCGCGGACCGGCGGCCACUGCGACGGCUUCGACAGGUGCGCCGAGGGAAGGAGAAAUUAUGCGAAGGCACGGAUGGAUCAGCAAGUUGGUCGGUGGUAACACGCUAAGGGUAGGAGGAAAGAGGAAGGCGAUGGAGGAAACGCUAUCUGGGGGGGACGUGCAGCAGCGCCGUCGUCGAAGUCCCGGGAAAGAAGCUGUCGAAGAGGGCAUCGUCUUCACGACCGAAAGCGGCGACGAGGAGUGGAACUCGAGAGAAGAGAAGAGUCGCGGUGCUAGGACGAAGGUCUGCCUCAACGCAAAAGCAGGAGAGGGAAGCAGCAAGAAAAGCAAGGGGAGUUUGCCGGCCCCCAGCAUUCCGCCGGCGGACAUGCCUCGAGAAUUCAAAGACCGGAUCGAUCGGAUGGGCGGGAAAGAGGUCAAGCUGGUGAUCGAGAAGGAGCUGUCGCGGACGGAUUUGGACCGACAUAUAUGUCGCGUGUCCAUCCCCAAGAACCAAGUCCGCGACCUGAGCUUUCUCAGAGACGAGGAAAGCCGAGCCGUGGAAGCGCAGGCGGCGCUGGACGUGAGCGUGAUCGGCCUGAGGCGAUCGCAGCUGUUGAAGUUCGCGCUGGUGGAGAUGGGCAGUCGGAGCAAGGCGAAACCGUCGCUGAUCUACAACUUCAGGUCCGGUUGGAACAGUUUCGCGUCCGAGAACGGCCUGAGAGUGCGCGACAGGAUUCAAAUCUGGUCGUUCCGAGUCGAUUCCGACGAGCGUCUCGACAGGCUUUGCUUCGCUCUGGUCAAACUCGGCGACGAUGAGUGGAACGGCAGCGGAGAUGCUGGCCACAGCGGUGGUGGCGGUAGUGAUAGCAAUGGCAACGACAAUGGCCGCGGUCCAAGCUCGGUUUCCGGUGGCUCAGGUUCGGAGCACGGAAGCAACAGUACCCCAGAGAAGGACUAGUCUCUCCGUUUCCGUACAACUUCGAUUUUGCGUCCAUGUUAUCUAGUCAAUUUUGAACUAUAGCCAGCAUUAUUUGGUUAACAUGUAUAGGUGUGGCGUUUUGAUCUUUCCGAGGAAGUGUUUUCAGGAUGUAAUUACAGUCACUUUUCGUUGGUAUGGAAAAUAGCAUCGCGCGUAUCUGCCAAA